AGGGAAAGAAUAAAUAAAUAAAUUGGCCGAUUGCAGUGUUGCCAGGUCCUAGAAACAUAUCGGAAGGUUUGAAGUAAGAGGGAAGUAGGGCGACCGAGAAGUUAGAGGACAUGAUAGUUGUGCACUGGCCUCCUCCUCCACCCCCGCCCUCUAAAUUUAGAGCGAAUUGGCCGAGGAAUGGAGCUGCUUUUCUCACUUCAUCCCUUUCCAAGCCCAAAUUUGGCUCCAAAUUCUAUAUCAAGUGUUCUUGCAUCAAAGAGGAACACACACCUAAAGCAUCUUAUUCUGAGGACUUCUCUUUGUUGGAAUCGGAUAUUCCGUGGGACAGUGGGCGUAUAUGGAGCACAUUGGCUUUGUACUUGUUCAGUUUGCAUGUCCCUCUUAGUUUUGGAGGGUUGUCUGUGGUUGCCCAUUUUGUGCAUCAACCAGUUCUUGAUCCACAGACUGAGGCAUUAUCAUUGCUUGCGAUUCAAAUUUUAGAGCUCAAUUCAGUUCUUUGGCUACUAAGGUGUGUUGCGACGCCACAACAUAAGAUUUUUAGCUUCUUCCAACCUAAGAAUCAAUCAAAAGAAAGGAACUGGUUGCUGGCAUCAAUCUUGGGAUUUGGAUCUCUUGUCUUGUUGGUUUUCUUUACGUCCCUUGUUGCUGACCAACUGGUUGGGCCCAAGGAUGUGAACAACCCAAUACUGAAGGAAAUCCUUUCAAGUGGUUCCAUCUCUAAAACCGCCUGCAUCCUUGUUUACUGCAUUGUCACGCCCCUUCUGGAAGAAAUUGUUUACAGAGGGUUUCUUUUGACAUCUCUUGCAUCCGAAAUGAAAUGGUAUCAAGCUGUUGCCAUCAGUUCGGCUGUUUUCAGCGCAGCUCAUUUCUCUGAGUGCAAAGAAUUGUUCCUCCGUUUCUGCUUCUGCAAGUAUUCUCCUCCAGAAUUCAUCUCUGUUCUUCGAAAGACUUUUUCCCCUUAGAUGAAAAUUCUCCGCAUUCGACGAACUCGCCCCCUUUCUGUAUAUACUAUCGACUUGCUGUUGGCGAGUGGAGUUUUUCUAUAUUUGGAUAAUAAAUCCUCCCGUUGGUUCCAGUGAGAUCAAAAAAUCUCAAGUUAGAAGUUUGGAUCUUCCUCGUGCAUUGAACCAUGGCAUGAAAAUGAGAGUUUCCAUCUUCAUGGAGCUCCUUUACGACAAGUAUAUAGUAUGGCUGACAAGGCUAGUUUUGUUAUAUAUUUGGUACUAGAAAAUAUUUUAUGGCGGAGAGGAAUAUGCUUUUGCAGUGGGAUAGCUAUUGUGGUGAAAUUAUUUUCUGGUACCUUGUUUCGCCCCUCAUUUUUAGUUUUUUUUUGUUGUUGAUUGUUUUAGUAUACAAUGUUGUACUCCUUAGAAGAAUAUCCCGAGAAUUACGGGCAGUUCACUCAAA